AUGUCCUCUGCUCACAAUAUUGCCGCCACCAACAAGGCCUUCAGUGACGUCGUCAACAAGAUCGACCACCUGCUGGGGCAAGCUUCACAGUUAGAUGCUGCGGAUCCGCACCACUUGACCAUAGCCAUGGAAAUAGGCAAGGUUUUGAUGCAGGUUAUGAUGUCCCACGGCGGGAGUGUAACUGUCCUCUUGCUGUUGAUCUUGUCGGCUGCUGCAGAACUGCAGCAGCACAUAAACACAUCUAGGACUGGUCUGACUGGCACGCCUGUUUGGGCCAAUAUCCGAGGUGACGAUGUCCACAUCCAAACUCACCCUCUUUUCCCCUCCACCAGGAAUUUCCGAGGGAGCCCGUCACCUUUGCCGCCCCACCAGGGCCCAUCUAAGCCCAGGAGGCGCCCUGUGGUGGAGGAGCCUGACGAAUGUGGACGAGGGACUGAGCGUGGGAAGUGUCACCGUGCUGCCAGCAUCAGAAGCCACAGCUGCCUGUCUAGGGCAGUUGUCAGCACUGAUGACGAGCUAGAUGAAGAGGAACCGGUGACACCCACUAUCUCAACCAUUACCAGAACCUGCCGCCAAUAUGUGGAAAUCAAUGAAGAGGAAGACAUGGAUGAAGAAGCCGAUGAGGAAGAUGUUGUGGAACCGCCGAGGAAUGUCACUGCUGCCGAUGUCUCCUUGCUGAUUACCUCUGGUGCCGAUUUGAUGGAGGAGGAGUUCACCACUCCUUCAGCAGAAGUGUGGGCACCCUGCUGCAGGCAAUGCGUCAUGUGGGGCCUCAUUUGCCGCCAGGCGUACCACAAGGAUCACGGCGGCAAGUUAAGAGUCUGCACCCUUUGUAGCCGCUUGAAGAUUAGAUGUGGCGGCAAAGGGUCCGAGGUGCCCAAAAUGAAAAACAAGUCUGUGUUAGCACGGCAAGCCCUCUCUCAAUCCCGGUGCCAUCGCUCGCUGCCAGCUGCUGCAGAUCCUCCAGUGCAUGCUCCAGUUGUCAGUCAAGUCCAGGAGGAGCAGCUGCCGCUGGAACACUCCCAGACUCGGGCUGACCCAGCACUCGCCAGUCCCUCCAAUGAGGAGAUGCAGGAUCUGUGUGAUGAAGUUGCCGGCCUUCGGGUGACCGUUGAAACCUUGCAACAGCAAGUCAUCAACGGUGAUGGGCAACUUCAAGAAAGAUUGGCAGCACAGGAAGAACGUGCCCAGCUGCUGGCGGCUGAGCUGAAAGUUCUUCGCCAACUUGUUGUUUUGGCCACCACUCAGCCCAAUGCCGAGAUGCUUCCCACUUCUGCGCAUCCAGCUGCGCAACACUCAUUGGUGGCAACCGCUCAGCCGACUCUCACCACCGAUAUGCAGCCGCUUGCCAAGCCUUCGUCGGUGCUCCCCGAUGACACCUCAUUCCAGCCGGGCGCUCAACCUGACGGUAGCUCAACUGACACCCUUCCUGUGCUCCCCACUCUCCCGGCCACUCCUCAAGCUGAGGUUGCUUGUUUGCCGGUUGUAAUAAAGGCUGAUGAGGCGGCCAACUAA